UGGAGUACGGCUGCCACGUCCACCUGCGCUUCUUCCUCUGCUCCCUCUACGCGCCCAUGUGCACCGACCAGGUGAGCGCCAGCAUCCCCGCCUGCCGCCCCAUGUGCGAGCAGGCCCGCCACAAGUGCGUCCCCAUCAUGGAGCAGUUCAAUUUCGGCUGGCCCGAGUCGCUCGACUGCGGCAAGCUGCCCACCAAGAACGACCCCAACGCCCUCUGCAUGGAGGCCCCCGAGAACGCCUCGGCCGCCGAGCCCCACAAGGGCCAGGGCAUGCUGCCCGUGGCCCCCCGGCCCCGGCCGCCGGGCGCGGCCGAGGGCCGGGGGCCCCACAGCCUGGGGGCCUGCGACAACCCCGAGAAGUUCCAGUACGUGGAGAAGAGCCUCUCCUGCGCGCCCCGGUGCUCCCCCGGGGUGGACGUCUACUGGUCCCGGGAGGACAAGGACUUCGCCUUCAUCUGGAUGGCCGUCUGGUCCACCCUCUGCUUCGUCUCCACCGCCUUCACCGUCCUCACCUUCCUGCUCGACCCCCACCGCUUCCAGUACCCCGAGAGGCCCAUCAUCUUCCUCUCCAUGUGCUACAACGUCUACUCCGUGGCCUUCAUCAUCCGCUCGGUGGCAGGGGCUGAGAACAUCGCCUGCGACCGGGAGAAUGGCGAGCUCUACAUCAUCCAGGAGGGGUUGGAGAGCACGGGCUGCACCAUCGUCUUCCUCAUCCUCUACUACUUCGGCAUGGCCAGCUCACUCUGGUGGGUCAUCCUCACCCUCACCUGGUUCCUGGCCGCCGGGAAGAAGUGGGGACACGAGGCCAUCGAGGCCCACAGCAGCUACUUCCACAUGGCCGCCUGGGGCAUCCCGGCCAUGAAGACCAUCGUCAUCCUCACCAUGCGGAAGGUGGCAGGGGACGAGCUCACGGGGCUCUGCUACGUGGGGAGCAUGGACGUCAGCGCCCUGACUGGCUUUGUCCUCAUCCCCCUCUCCUGCUACCUGGUCAUCGGCACCUCCUUCAUCCUCACGGGCUUCGUCGCCCUCUUCCACAUCCGGAAGAUCAUGAAGACGGGCGGCACCAACACGGAGAAGCUGGAGAAGCUGAUGGUGAAGAUCGGGGUCUUCUCCAUCCUCUACACCGUCCCAGCCACCUGCGUCAUCGUCUGCUACUUCUACGAGCGGCUGAACGUGGAUUACUGGAACCUCAGGGCCCUGGAGCGCGGCUGCCUGCACCUCCCCGGCCGUCGCGCUGCCAACUGCUCCUUGGAGGCCUCGGUGCCCACCGUGGCCGUCUUUAUGCUAAAGAUUUUCAUGUCGCUGGUGGUGGGCAUCACCAGCGGGGUGUGGGUCUGGAGCUCCAAGACGCUGCAGACCUGGCAGAGCCUGUGCAACAGAAAGCUGGGCGUGAGGACGAGGGGCAAGCCCUGCAGCGGGGUGAGCUGCGGCGGGGUGCACUGCCACUACAAAGCCCCCACGGUCAUGCUGCACAUGACCAAGACGGACCCGUAUCUG